AUGGGCGAAGAUCUGUUCGACGACAUCAACACCGACUUUACUGAUUAUGCCUGCGCGGAGGAACCAGAUGACAACUGGAGGGAAGUCGACAAUGCAAUCGCCCUCGCCGACGAUCAGAGGAUCGGCCCCUUCACCAUCGUAGCUCUGGUUCUCAACCGGAUGAUUGGCACUGGUAUUUUUUUGACCCCCGCGCGAAUCCUUCGUGGCACCGGCAGUGUCGGUGCGGCUCUGCUUCUGUGGGCCUUUGGUGGUGUCUAUGGCGCCUCGGGCCUGGCUUGCUGGCUCCAGUUUGGCCUCUCCAUCCCCUACUACACGAUGCCGAUAUGGGGGAAGAAGAACGUUCCACGCAGUGGUGGGGAGAAGAAUUACCUAGAAUUCCUCUUCCCCAGACCGCGUUUUCUUGCCACCUGCAUGUACGGUGUCCCCUUCAUUGUUCUCGCCAACCUUUCUGGCAAUGCCAUAGCAUUUGGAAUCCAGGUUAUGCGAGCCGCUGGGUAUGAAAGCCCACCAAGAGGUGCGGUUGUUGGACUCGCGAUCGCGGUUCUCACGCUGUGCACUUCGUUGAAUAUCUUUUCGCGCCGUGGUGGGCUUGUGGUCAACAACUUCUUCGCGGUUGUCAAGGUUCUAACCCUGUUGACGAUCAUCGUCCUUGGAUUUGUAAAGGCAGGGGGAGGUCUCUCAAGUGCUGGAGAGGCAUCCGCGUCUGACAACUUUGAUCCUCAAAACGCCUUUGACACUAAUCGACGCGAUCUACCCAGCUAUGUCCAUUCGAUGUUUUAUGUUUCAUACUCGUACUCUGGCUUUGAGCAACCGUUUUAUGUUCUCAGCGAAGUCAAGAGUCCGAGAAAGACAUUUCCGAGAUACGCUCCAAUCGCUGUUGGGAUUGCCAUUGCCCUAUACAUGCUGGUCAACAUCGCCUUUCUCUGUGUCGUAUCCAAGGACGCCGUGCUGGGCAGCGACCGGGAUUUGGCAGAGAUGUUCUUCGAAGGCGUCUUUGGGAGGAAUCAACGCGCAAGAAGCGCCAUGGCUGCCAUGAUUGCCAUCUCGGCAUUUGGCAACCUUCUCGUCCAGACCUUUACCGCGGCGAGAGUGAAACAGGAAAUUGCAAAGGAGGGUAUUCUACCAUUUGCCAAAUUCUUUGCAACCGGGCGCAUCACACCGUGGGAGUAUCUCAAGCGCAGGUUAGCUGGUGAACCAAGCCCAGAGGCAAAGGAGAUUGACUCUCACCUCGAAAAGACACCAAUGGGGGCGCUGAGCCUGCAGUUCCUUAGCUCGAUAUUCCUGGUGGCCGUAACAUCCAUGCUGAACCCCAGGACGGCAUACAACUUCCUGGCGACCCUAUUCAGCUACGUUAUCAUGGGCCUCUCCGGCUUCAUCGUCUCGGGCGGGCUCCUCUUCCUCAAUGUCACAGGAAAAUACCAAUGGAAGGAAAUCUCCAACUACAGACCACUACUCGGCCUUUUCCCCUCACUGCUCUACUUUGUGGCGAACGGAUUCUUCCUCUUCUCGGCAUUUGCGCAGCCAGCGCGCGACUCCCCGUUUGGUCUAGACAAGGCCCAAAUACCCUGGUAUCUAGUCCCCACUAUCGGACUAUCUGCACCGCUGUGGGGGUUGAUCUGGUGGUUGGGGCUCAAGAUGAAAGAGACGCUUAGCCACCAGAAGCUGCACGUCGUGAGGAAACCGCUCAUCUGUCCGGUUGAUUCGCAGAAUCCUGAAGGGGAAUGGACCCAGCUUUCGGAACGGGUGAUCAAGAGCUGGAUUCCGGCAGUUGUCGGUGGGGUCGAGCUGGGGGUUCGAUGA